AUAUCAGGAAGCAAGAGGAACAGAGCUCGAUCGGGUCAAGUAGCUACAACUACCCUUCUGUCGAAAACGCGACCUCGAACUCGAAAUGAUGGGUAGACAUAGGCUCUGAGAGUCUCUCUUCCGAACGACUAGUUCAUCCAGCGACUAGAGCCUAGGCGCUUCACGCCAAAGUGGAUCGGAACAGAAUCCAUUCAUAUACGACUCUUGAACCUGUUUAUGGGACCAUGACAACGAUGCACCCAUUCGCUAGAAGUCCUAUCCGGGAAAGGAGCACGAGCACGGCCUCCUCCGCCUACUUCCCCGGAGGAUAUGAUAGUAACGAGCAGGAUGACCGGAGGGAAGAAGAAGAGGAUGCGUUGAGGAUGAUGGCCUACGGGGAAGGGACGUUACCUGGGGAUUAUUCAAACGAGGGUAGGAGGGACAAGGCCGAGAGGAGAACCGAGGCCGAGGGGUCGAGUUCAGGAUCGAGGUCGUUCAAGAGAGUGCCGAGAUCUCCUCCGCCUCAGGGCCCACCUCCCACGGAACUACCGCCCGUUCCACCCCUUACGCACCGGGCGAGAAACUCGUCGGUCUCUUCCAGCCGAACUACGAGCUCGAUCGGACACGCCGUCUCGCCAUACUUGCAGACAACUCCGACGUUGCACCCACAACCCAACCCCCUGCUUACCCGAGAGAGACAGUUUGCCCAUAAUCCCGGCCCUCUCCACGACCCAAGCAACCUGCACACCUCGCCACAAACGGUCACCCCGCUCGCCCGUCUCCCCGUCCCCGCUGCCCCUGCAAGGAGGAGCCGAAUCCCCUCAAAAGACCUCCUCCAAUCUGCUCUCGACCUGGCGGAAAAGGCUGUCCAGUGUGACAAGGCGAAUGACGUCCUGGGUGCGCUGGCCAUGUACCGAGACGCUGUGGGCAGGUUGAGGUGUGUGAUGGAAAGGGUCGGCAUCGAGUUGGGGCCGUUGCCCGUGGGGUUAGGGUUACCCGAACCUACGGAUUCGGAAAAGGAGGACAUUGCCCAAGCGAGGAGGAGGAGGGAAGCCAGUGGGCAUAGAAGUGGAGAGGAGGGCAAGAUCUUGAAGGGUAUCCACGAUGCGUACAUCUCUCGAAUAGGCUUGCUGGUGGUAAUGGAACGAGGUCUGCAGGAGGGAAACCCGCCUCAGGCCACCGGUGAACCGUCCGAGGCGACUUUGGACUCGGACGAGGUGACUGCGAGGCCCUCGGGUCGAUCGUCAGAAACCAGCACUGGCCCAACAGGGAUCGGCAGAAUGAUGUUGGCGACGGAUGGACCAGACCAGGCCUCAUCACCAAAUGGUCGCACCUCGCACGCAUCGGACAACCGGUCAAAGAGGAAGAGCUUGCGAUCCGGGGAACAGUUGGUCGAAGCCAUCGGAGGGAACGGUUCGGUGGGUUUCCGUCGAGAUUCCCUGGACGCCGAUGUCAAUGCGUAUUAUCCCCCCGCGAUCCAGAGUCCACCGAUACCUCGACCGAGAACUUCGUCUAGAACGGGACCCGACAGCGGUAUCGAGCAUGUGAAGAGUAAUUUCGAUGAACAGAUUCCCAGAGUAAACGGAGUGCCUGUCUCGCUAGGACCCGUCGUAGGCACGUCCCGGAUUGACUCCUCACUCAGCGGGUCGGCAGAAUUGGGCGCAUCAACAACAAGAGCGUCUUUGCACGUCUCCAACGCUUCGAUUACUAGCAUGUCCACGCUCGGGUCACCCUCUAGUAAAAGUAUCAGCACCGUGACCUCGGGAUCCAGUUCGCAGCGAAAUUCGGAACGUCGCUUACGGCUUCGUACGGCUCACCCGACAUUAGGGCUCGAGGCGGAAGUGUCUGAUCAGGAAACAGAGGAAGUCCUUGAUCGUACACCCUACGCCGAGGGAUUCCCGAGCCUAGAGAAUGGGACGAAUCGGUACGAGCCGAGCAGAGGAUAUUCGAACUCGUCAUCCCUGCCAGAUUCGAGCUCUUCUCGGAGCGGUAGAUCGUCAUUGAUGGGGUUGAACGCUCCGAGCAUCUCGCCAAGGUCAGCGAGCCUGCAAGACAACUAUAUGCAAGAUCUCCAGACUCUGCCGCCCGAGCGAUCCAGUUCGGUCUUAGGGAUCAAGGGGCACGAAAAGGGCAGAUCCAUUGCAUCAGUCGUCGAGGAAGGCGAGACUUCGUACGAGAUGGUCGACCCUAAGAGCCUUUCGACGCGGCGAACGACAUCGCUAUCAAACUCCCGUGCUCCUGUCACAAGUAACGCAUAUUCAACUCAUCGCCAAGCGCCCUUCCCCUCUCCCGGUUUGACCGAUGCGACGUUGUCUCCGUUCCAGCAAGUGACACCACGAAGCCGAGCGGUCUCGCAGCCGUCAGCGGGAAGGGCUUCAGGACGAGACACCUUCGACGCCUCGGACGCACCGCCAUUACCAAGUCCACUGAGAAGCCCGCAAGUGUCUCUCGACCAAACGGGAUCCAUGUUGCCCCCACCACCCCCUCCUAGGGCUCUUACCAUCGACACCAGCGGUCCGAGCACUAUGCAAUACGCCGCUUCCGCUGCUUCGGUGUCGACCACGACCCUGAUGGUAUCAGAUUCACCCGACGUACAGGAAGUGACGCUCCAUUCACCAACCUUGCGCCAGGGCGAUCAGCUCGGACAAGGUCCAUCGUUGCCCUCGUCUGCCACCGAGCCUCCGCCAGCGAAUCCUGUCCAUCGACCGUUCCAUGUGUUGCGGCUGCUCCGGCAUACCAUCGUCUCGCCGUCAGGUGGAUUCCUCAGCAGUCGACUUCACAUACCUAGAGCGAUCUGGAGCCAGGCGACUGUCAAGCUGGUCUCGCUGGACGUCAAGGUCCGCGUGAUAGAGGUCCUCAUCCUCAGCUCCUCGUCGCUCGCGAGAUACGGACACGCCCUCAUUGCUGAUGAUCCGCUCGGCCAUGAUGACGGGACAAUAAAGUUGCAAAGAACCCGGACGGAUGGGCCAUCUAGGGCAAAAGACUUUGUCAGGUCACUCGACGACACGGACGGGCUACUAGACGAGAUGGAGAAGCUGUUGAACAAGAAGCUAGGGCUGAAAGCUUAUACGAGUAGCGUUAAGAGUAAAAAGAUGUCCACGACCGGGAUCAGCGUUCUGGGAAGUAAAUUGACCAAGACCUUUGACAGGAUUGCCACUGGCAAAAAUGUGGACUCGCCAACAGCCUAUGUCGACAGUCUCAGCCGCCUGUGCCUCGAGGCCCAAGUGAUCGACCGCCACCUUGCGUGCUUCACGGGACCGUCCACCGCUGCAUAUCAGGCGCUUUCUUCCGAUUACCGGAAUCACAUCGAGACGAGACUACGGCGUCUUUCGGACUUCAUGUCCAAUUUUAUCAUGACCUUUGUAUUACAAGACGUCGGGUUCUUGCUGACGAAAUACCUCAAGCAGUCCAGUAAAUGGCUCGAGGAUUAGAUACGGCAUGCUGAGAAGGAGGACCGGACGGCCUUGUAUCCGUUGUAGCGGUUUGUUCUUGAGAUAUGUCGUUCAAGACCUGACGAGAACGUCGAAGCCGUGACGGCCUGUUUCUGAGGCAGGGGAGCCGCAAAGAGUAACGUCAGGCUAAUGAGCAAAC